CGAACCCCUCUCUCUCUCUCUCUCUCUCUCUCUCUCUAACCCUCCCCAAAACCACUCCUUUUUCACCCAAUUUCUAGGGUUUUUCGCCCAAAUCAAUCACAAUCACCUCCAAUUCUCCUUCGUCGCACUGCAAUCGUCCUCGGAUCUCGCUCUUUUUGGCUCCGAAUUUCGCUCCUUGUCCGAUGCCGGGGGCCGUCGCACUGAGGUCGGGGGCAAACCCUAGAUCGAAGCAGAAGAUCGCGGCGGCGGCGCCGGAGCCCGGGACGAAGAAGAAGGGGUCGGAGAGGAGGAGUAGGCCGAAUCCGGCCACUCGGCCGCCGGAAUCGGGCCGCUUCGACGCAUCGGGAGCCGGGUCCUGCUCCUCGGACUCUUCGUGCGAUCGGGGUUCGGCGAAGGUCGGGGGAGCUCGGCGUAAGAAUGUGGCGAGAGCCGCGAGGGUCGCUCCCGAGGCUUCGGACGCGGCGGCGGAGUCGCCCUCGAUACCGAAGGAGCCGUCGUUGGAGAAGAAGAGGUGUUCGUGGAUAACUCCUUACUCUGACCCUCUAUAUGUUACUUUCCAUGAUAAGGAAUGGGGAACUCCGGUAUUUGAUGACCGAAAGCUAUUCGAGUUACUUAUAUUAUCGCAAGCUCUCGCAGAGUUGAGCUGGCCAACUAUUCUAAAGAAGAGAGGCACAUUCAGGAAGUUAUUUGAUGAUUUUGACCACUCUUCUAUUGCUAAAUUUACCGAGAAGAAGAUCAUUCUACUCAGAUCAAGUAGCUCAUUGUUAUCAGAGCAGAAAAUUAGAGCAGCCGUAGAAAAUGCAAGACUAAUAAAGAAGAUAAUAGAGGAAUUUGGGUCCUUCAGCAACUACUGCUGGAACUUUGUGUGCCACAAGCCGAUAGUCAAUGGAUUCCGAUACACGCGUCAAGUUCCAGUGAAGAGUCCAAAAGCAGAAGCCAUUAGCAAGGACCUAAUGCAAAGGGGCUUCCGAUGUGUCGGGCCGACUAUUAUUUACUCUUUCAUGCAAGCCGCAGGAAUAGUCAACGACCAUCUUUCUAGCUGCUUUAGAUUUAAUGCCUGCGAAAACCACACUCGGGCUGCUGAAGUGAAGAAAAGUAUCUCGGCAAUGUUACUAACAGAGGCUUAAGAGGCAGGUUGGUUUACCAUUUCACUCUGCUCUGCUAAUUAUACUUGAUCUGGAAAUAGUAUGCGUUAAGAGUUUAUGUAGUAUCUAAUUUCUUCUUAUUCUGUUUGUGCUUGUAAUAUCACUGUAAUGCUUACACAAUUUGACUGCUAAUACAGUAAUGAAUUUGGUUUCUUCUUCCGUCGUGUUCA